GUUAGGCCUAACGAAAUGACAAAGCUUAUGGCAGCACCGUUGGCCACGUCACCCGUUCCUCCCCUGCCCUUGCAUGUAUCACAGGUUGGCGCUACUCUCACGUCUAUAUAUGUACUCGCUCACUUUUACACACGCACAAUUCAAAGCUCGUCUAAUUGAUGAAAAAAUCCCCAAAUAUGGCAAGGCUUUCUCGCUUUCUCUCUCUAGGGUUUCGCACAACUGCAUUUCGUUCUUUCUGCUCUCACCACACUAAUCCUCCCGCUCUCUCCAAACGCCCAGGACCUCUUGCACAAUAUAAGGCUCUUGUUGACCAAGGAAAGCUACAACAUGAUCCCUACCAAGAAACUAUUGCUUCUGAGCUUGAAGAUUUGGUCAAAAAAUUAGAGAACUAUGAUAAGGAGAUGGAGGAGUACCAUGUAAGUUUGAGCAAAUGGGAAGAGGCUAGGGAGACUGAAAGACGUAGGAUUUUAGUGGAGGAAGCUGAGGUCAAGCAGGAAGGAGGUGCAAUGGCGUCAGUUAAGAAAAGUCGGAGCAGAAUCUUUGAAAAUUUGAUGUCUUGGGGAAAAGCUCAAAAAAUGGAACCUGGAGUGGGUAAAUGGGUUUCAUACCUUAACAGAGAAAGGAAGUUGGAUUCACUGAGCGGUCGUCGUCCUAAUCUUCCUGCAGCUCCUAAAGGGUUAUAUAUUUAUGGGGAUGUUGGAAGUGGAAAGACAAUGCUCAUGGAUAUGUUUUAUAGCGCCACAGAAGGAAUUGUCAAACAUCGCAGGAGGUUUCACUUUCAUGAAGCCAUGCUUGAAAUUAAUGAACAUAUGCAUAAAAUAUGGAAGAAGCAAAUGGAAGAAAAGUCUCUACAGUCGAGCAUUGCUAGUUGGAUUCGGAAUCUUCCUGUUGACUCAAAUGUCAAAGAAUGGGUAGCUGAGGAAGAAAGGUACAAGCAAGAGGUACACAUUCAAAACAUUCUUCCAGCCGUUGCAGAUAAGUUUCUUGUUAAUCGCCAAGGAGAUCGAAGAGGAGCUAGCAUACUUUGUUUUGACGAAAUACAGACUGUUGAUGUGUUUGCUAUUGUGGCCUUAUCUGGAAUUCUAAGCAGAUUGUUGAGCACCGGAACUGUUCUUGUAGCAACCAGUAACCGAGCACCUCGGGACUUGAAUCAGGAUGGAAUGCAGCGUGGGAUCUUCCUAAAAUUGCUGGCAAAGUUGGAGGAACAGUGUAAAAAUGUCCUGAUAGGAAGUGAAAUCGAUUAUCGCCGUCUCAUAGCACAAAGAUCCAUAGACCAGGUCCACUACUUCUGGCCUCUUGAUAGCAGUGCUGUCAAGAAUUUCGAGAGCAUGUGGGGUAAAACCACAUCACAACAUGGUGGAAAGAUCAUAUCUAGUACAAUCAGCGUGAUGUUUGGAAGAACCUUGGACGUUCCUGAAUGCUGUAACGGAGUUGCACGCUUCAGCUUCGAAUAUCUAUGUGGGCGCCCGGUUGGGGCUGCAGAUUAUAUCGCAAUAGCUAGAAACUACCACACAAUUUUUAUUUCAGGUGUUCCUGUAAUGAGCAUGCAAAUUCGUGACAAGGCACGUAGAUUUAUAACCCUUGUCGAUGAACUGUACAAUCAUCAUUGCUGCCUAUUUUGUACUGCAGCUGCUUCUAUUGAUGACCUAUUUCAAGGAACUGAAGAGGGGACACUUUUUGAUCUUGAAAGUUUCCAGUUUGAAACAGAAACUGAAGGCGCAAAACUCCGACGAGAUGUUUUAGCAGAGGGCAAUGUUAGUGCAGGAGGUAACCCAACUGGCAUUGUUUCGAUGCUAUCUGGUCAAGAGGAGAUGUUUGCCUUCCGAAGAGCUGUUUCUCGACUAAUAGAGAUGCAAACGCCUUUUUAUCUCGAUGGAGUCCAUUAUCUUCAUCCCUAUUUCCAGGGGCAACAGAAUUUAUCUGAGAACAGUAAUGCGACCAUCUUACAAACUCCACAAUCAUCCUGAGAAGCGCUUUUGCUUUCUGUAUAGCAAUCCUUCAUAGCUGUUCUGAUGGCCAUUCAUCACUGGUCUUUACAAAUAGAAAUCAAAGCAUGGAGACGGAACAGGUCACUCUUAUUCUAUACCUCUAACUUUACAUGUAGUCGUGUAGAGCAAUAGGAGAAGGGGUUGCUCUAUGUAGUAUCCUAUUAUUGUAUGCUUAUUUGUGAAGAUAAUUUAGAUACAUGAAUUCUUCAUUUAGACAGGUCAGAAUUUUUUUUUCCUUAUUAAUUCAUAUAGCCAGUGAUCAGAAUAAUUGAUUCUACGAGUUACCCUUCCAAAUGA